GUGCCACGUCAGCGCGUGGUGGGAUUGGUCCACGGGGUGUCUGAGAACACUAGACGAAAGCGGACGCCGGCAGGCCUUAUCGUAGAAUUAAAUGCUGCGUGUCAGUUAGCAGGACAAGAACAACUUUUUGAGUAAGCUGCUCAAAAUAAAUAAAUAAAAAUGGAGGCGGAAGAGGAGACGACAGAAAUCAAAAACAAGCCGAACCUCGAAAACCAAGGCUUGGGCUUUCUGCAGGAGGCAGUGAGUAGCCUUGCAUCGGAAUAUGGCUGGUACGUCCUUUUUACUUGCAUUGCUGUUUACUUCAUCGUUCAGCUGCUGCGAAGAAAAGGUGACCAAACGGACAGAAGACAGACUCCUCAGGACUUGCCAGAUAAGGACGUAGUUGUGAAACGACAAGCAGCUUUAGAAGCCGCCCGGAAAAGAAUGCAGGAGGAACUUGAUGCCAAAGCAGAACAAUACAAAGAAAAACAGCAACAGAUUGCAGAAGAAAAGAGACAACAAAAGAUUGAGAUGUGGGACAACAUGCAGCAGGGAAAGAGCUACAAGGCAGCCACAAAAGUGAAUAAUCAAAGCAACAGUGACUCUGCUUCAAGUCCAGUUUCAAAACCAAAGUCUGAAAAGAAGCCAUUAAGGGGUGGGUAUAACCCAUUGACUGGAGACAGCGGAGGGACCUGUUCCUGGAGACCUGGCCGUAGAGGUCCAUCUGCUGGGGGAUGAGGUUAAGUCAUGUCAGUGUUGUCCCUUUUGGAGUGAACGCUGGCCUCGGUUUAAAGAGUGCACACGGUCUAUCAGAAUACAACUGGUUAAGUUCAGUUCUGACAAUGAACAAUUGGUGAUUGUUAAAAGACAUGUUGUAUAACACAAAUUAUAAAGUCCUGACAUUUAUGGAUGCUGAUUUCAGUAAUAACAACCAGUUUUACUUCUGCUUUAAUUUAAAUACAUGACCUGAAAUGCUAUAUUUUUGUAAUACAGAUUUGUGUAUAAAAUACUGUCCCUUCAUUCUUAUGAUAGAAGUAUAGUAGUAUUUAAUACUGUAUCAAAAGCUCAUCACGUCCACAGUAUUUGUUGGCUGAGACUACCAGAUUGAAUGACGUCUUUCUUGUAAAUGGCCCCUAAGCCACAGAGAAGGGCUGAUGUGUUUCUUAAGACUUGUGCACUCUUUUAUUUUUUAUUUAUUGCUGUUGCUGUUAAACCAUCACAUGACUGCACAUAGCGAGCUGUUUCAGGCUGAUUUUUAAACACCUUUGUUUUUUGGAGGUUCACUAUGCUUUCAUUUCUUGGCAGUGUCAUUUUCUAUAUGUAACUUUCUGUCUGGGUAGUAAAUACUAUUUAAGCUCCUUAUAUUUUUUUUCAUUCAGUUAAAUUAGUACAGACUGUUAUUAAAAAUGCCCAAUUAUUGUUCUGCACCGUCACGGUAAAAAAAUGCAUAAUUUUCAAAAAUUGCCAAAAUUAAUUACCAAAAAUUUCAAGGUUUGCCCAUAAAAUCUAUAGCUACUAUAUGAUCACCAGUUUGUACUAACAGCGCUGUUGUUAAAGCAGAGGUGACAAAUGUUUGCACAUAGGUUAAAUCAGCCUGACAGUUUGAAAUGUUUAAGUAAUUGAAGUGCUUGAAAAUUUAAGAAUGCUGUAGAAAGCUAAGUGUUAUGACAGAAAUGUGCAGGAUAUACAUUUUCCAU